AUGGCACCUCCACUUCAAUUGUUUCAUCCGGUUUUUGGGCAUUUCUUGGAUGAUAUCAAUGGUACCGACCUCAUUUCGAACGACAUGAUUCGAAAAACCACAAAGUAUAUGCAAGCGGCGUCGGCAAUCUAUAUCAGCGAGGAAAAAUGCCGCCACGGGUUGACCACGGUUCUUUGUGAGAUUCUUGGCGUCGAAACGCAAACGACUGUCGACGGUGACGAAAUUAUUACCGACGGCACGAUUCUAGCAAGGACCCCGGAGGCGGGAUAUCUGAUAAUUUUGCAUCAAGGGACAACGGGAUCUGGACGGAGCGUUUUCGAUCAAGCUAAACACGCUGGCCUGUCUAUGGCCUAUUCAUGGGCUCAAGAGAAGUCCACAAAGCUUCGAAAUGCCACCAACUGCCCGACAUUCAUCGUAGCGACCUCUGGUCCAUCGAUCGCCAUUCUCGGUGCCGUCUUCACAGAUGGCUUUAUUGUCCAGCAUUUGACCGACUACGUCUGGGCUGGGUUAGACUCCACUUUAUACGAGUCUCGCACUUUGCGCAUCGCUAGAACUUUUCAUGCUUUGAACAAAGGUUUAGCCAACCUCAAAUCCUAUUACGGGACGGUACAGACGCACAAUUGGAUUUCCGAGACGCGCUAUUUCCCCUCGAUAACCACCUACCCUAACGGCAAUGAGUGCAUACAUUUCAAGUACCUCGCCUUUUUGGAAGACGGACCGGAUUGUAUGACGCUCCGCGCACGGACGCUUACUGUCCCACCACGAGAUGUCGUUGUCAAAUUUGUCGACCGAUACGGGGAAAGGGCACAUCGCCUAUUGGCAGACAAGGGUUUAGCACCGGAGCUUUUAUAUUGCGGAUCACCACACCUUCAGGACAAGGACCCCUCAUACAACUCGAUCUCCAUGGUCGUCAUGGAGUUUGUCAGGGGCGACACUUUGGACAAGUCGGAAAUGAGUGGAGAGACUGCAGAAGUGGUGCGGUCGGAAAUCGAGCGUGCGCUUAAACUGCUGCAUGGGCAUGGAUUGGUGUUUGGUGAUCUCCGUGCACCGAAUGUCAUGAUUACACCAAUGGACUAUGCACUCUUACAGGGGAAUGAAGUCAAAUUCAUCGAUUUUGACUGGGCAGGAGAGGAAGGGCAAGCUAAGUACCCUUGCCUAAUUUCUCCAGAGGUUCUUUGGCCGAUGGGUGUUGCACCAUUGGCUAACAUGGAGAUCAACCAUGACUUGCAGAUGUUGGAGCAGAUGUUCUUGCCACCUGUUCCUUUUGUUGCUGAAGACAGUGCUUCCUUAUUCUAA